GAUUUCUCUAUCAUCAAGGAAAAAUGAAAUGGAUGCGGAAAAUUGAAGAUAUCAACAGUUUUGUACUGAAAGGUAUCCCUGAAACAGUGUAUCAGUAUUUUGAAACUGAUAUGAAGAUUUUACCAUCCGAGGAAGAUGAGGAAGAAAUGGUUCAGGAGACUAAUACUCGUGAUUAUAAUAUAAAACGUCUAGAAUUAGAAAGUUAUAUUAAUAAAUCUCUUUUUGUUAAGUUUGGGGAUGAAACUGACAAUAAAGUUAGAGUGCCAGUUGUGUUGGUUGUUGUUAACGGGGAUUUAGAAACACUGUCACAUGUUGCUAGGGCAGUGCAGUGUGAUAUUUCAGUAGUGGUAACAAAAGGGUCAGGUGGUGUAUCGGACUUACUUGCAAUGUGUAUUGAAGACAUACGAAACCUCAGAAAAGUUUCCCCUGUGGUGCUUAAUAGAAAAAUAACAGAGGACAUAUAUACGAGAAUGGAAACAGCUGUAAAUAUCAUCGCCAAAAGAUAUUGGCUGAUCACAAUAUUUGACUUGAUAUGCGACAGUCCAGAAAGCCUUUGGGAACGGUUAACAGAUGGGAUAAUCAGAGCUUGGUCAUAUGAUCAAGAGGCAGACUACAGUUUGUAUGUGCCAUCUUUUCAAAAAGUUGACCCUGAUGUCAUCUCAAUUUCAAAAUAUGUUGUCGAUAUUGAUUGGCUCUCUAAAAGAGAACUUUUCGGUGGAUACUGUUUAAAUUCAUCAAAUCAAAGCAAUGAACAGUUUAAAGAGAUUGUAUCUUCAGCAAUCAUUGACCAAACAACCGAUGUUAUACGGCAUUUGAAGAACAGAGAUAUCAAGUUUGAUGACAGUUUUGUAAAAGAUUUGUAUAGAAAAACAAUUCAAAUGAACAAGAAAAAUGAGCACGAAGGUCAUACUGUAGUCGAUAUAUGGAAGAAUGUUAGUCCAGAGGCAUUUGACUACUUCGAACAGGACACUUCGACAGACCAACAUGUGCAAACGAAAUCAGCAAAAAAUGCUGAAUUCCAAAUAGGAAAUCACUUGUUAAAAUGGCUUUGCUUUACAAGAGUUGGAUUGGUAACUUGUUGUCAGAAAACGAGAAAACAAGAGUCAAAGGAAGACCUACAGAAUUUUGAACAUGAACAAGGUGACAGUGGUUUUAGAUUUUGUGUCUUGUCAAAUAACAAAACAGUUGCUAGUGAAUUAUGGACAACAUGUAACAAUCCAAUGUUGACAGCUUUGAUAGCCAGUUGCUAUCUAAAGGCUAUGGCUAAGAUUGCAGAAAAUUGGUUUGAGGAUUCACUUCAACGCAACUUAGAAGACCAUUCUUACCUAUUUUCAAAGAGAGCCGAAAUUCUUCUAGACAAAAUGUUUACAUAUAAUGAAGCAAUGGCAACUGAUGCACUGGAUCAUGUUUCUGAUGUUUGGGAAUACGUUGAAAGUCCUCUUCAUUUUGGACAUCAGUUUGGCAUGGAAGAAUUUAUUUCCCAUACUUCUACACAGAAAGAUGCAAACAAACGUCUGUAUUCCUAUAGAAAUGAUAGACCAGCUAAUAAUGAGGACAACACAAAUGACACUGAAAAUAAUGCUGAACACCCGGAGUGUGCAGCCUUUAUCAAGCACCACCACCGAGAACAAAAAUGGUAUAAAUAUAUUACAGCACCAGUGAGCAGAAUGAUGAUUGAUGUGGCAUUCUUUAUUGCAGUUCUCAUUAUGUUCUCGAUUUUCCUAAUGACUGACAUGAAAUACAAUUCCGUGUCUGUAUUGGAAUGGAUAGUUUCCGUCUGGAUAAUCGGCGACUUCAUAGAAGAAAUAUUUAAUUUAAUAAGGCCGGAAGAUGGAAACUGGUCGCCACAACGUAUAUUUCUGCAUAUUUUUGACAUAUGGAACUUUGUGGACAUCUUAUGUGAUGUUUUGUACAUCACUGCCUUCAUAAUGCAUGCAGUUGGUCCCGAGGAAAUACUUGUUCAUACUAGAAGAAUAUAUAGUUUGGCAUUGUUUCUUAUGUUCCUUCGCUCAUUCAAUAUUCUUCUAAUGUUUCAAAAUAUUGGUAUCAUCAUUAUUAUGAUCAAAGAAAUGCUUAUGGAUUUAUUGUAUUACUUGGUCAUUCUGAUGAUUUUGAUUAUUGCUGCUGGUACGGUUUAUCAUGCAAACAUAUAUCCAAAUCAUGAUGUCAAACCAUUUCCAGAUGGAAUUCAGAACUGGCGAAUUUGGACAAUACUCAAAAUACCGUAAUGGCAGGUUUACGGCGAGCCGUUCUUGGACAUACUGGAAGCAUUCGACACGUCAGAUAACAGUAAUUGUACAGAUAAUACAACAGUUUGGAGAAAUGAUCCAACGGUUGAGAGGUGUCCCACUAAGGACUGGAUAACUCCUGUAAUAGCAGCGUUUUACAUGAUGCUGUCCAACUGGUUGUUAUUAAACAUAGUCAUAGCUAUGUUCAGGUUAUGCGGAGAAAAUGUUGAAAAAGCAGAGAGAGCUUGCAGAAGAAAUAAUUAGAAAUGAAAAUUGCGACAAUUAAAAUUCAAAGAACUAACAAAGCUUGAUAUGUGUCUAGGCACAUGUGAAAUCUUCUCGUAUUCCUAAAAUAUUUACAUAUAUUCACUUUUUAUUGAUUGCUGUUCUUUAUUGAUAUACCUGUAGUUCCAUUAACUCUGCACUUCAUGCAUAUUGCACGUGAUAUUGAUUUCGAUAAUGUAAGUAUUUGGUAGGAUAUGCAAUGUUUAACUUGUUAUUGGAAAUCUAUUUAGGGCUUUUAAAAAGUCAGAAUGUGAAUAUAUAUAUUCAACAUGUUCGAACUCGUUUAGUUAAUUUUUUAGAAACGAUAAACAAAAGAACUAUGUCAAUUGGGCCUGCUUUGAAAUGCUAACUGUACUUAAAUUUUUACAAGAUAA